AUGCCUUCAAAGAACUCCAUUAACAGACCAAAAUUGACAGUGAACUUACAUCGUAAGGCUCAAAAAGCUGGUAAGAAGAGAGCUGCCCGUGAAAGAGCAGGUCAUUACAAGCCAGCUAGAUCUGCUGAUGCUUCUAAGUCGGGGGAGAUUAAGUCUGUUGCUUUGGAUUUAUAUUUCAAUGACAAGGAUAAGACAGGACAAGCUUCCACUAAUACUAGUACUCUUGCUUCUGGGAAUGGGAGCGUCACUACGAAGACACUUUCGAAAAAAAGAGCUAAGAAGAUUGAAAGAAGUUUGAGAUAUGCAGAACAAAGGAAAUUACUUAUAGAUUUACAAGCUAAAUUGGAAAAUGGAAAUGAUGAUACUGCUAUGGAUGUUGAUGGUGGUGAAGUUGUGAAAAGAGUUAGAGAAAAUAAGAAGGAGAAAAGUGCGUUGACUCAAAUGAAAGAAGCUCUUUGGAAUGUUCUUGAUGAUGCUUCAUCGAGUCAAGGUUUAGUUAUUGGUAGUGGUCAAGGCACUACUCUUGGAGGUCCAUUUUUCCCAUAA